AUGACAUAUCAGCUCGACAUCAUCCCCUCGUAUUCCUUGGGCCCAUUCGUGCUAGGGCGCACUCUGCAUUCAACGCUCGAGUAUCUGCGUUCUCGGCCGCGACAGCAUCCAGUCUUUGAGAUCACACAUGGUGCUACUGAAAAGUGCGUGUCCGAACCAGGAGCGCAAGCCCAGAUUCCGAACCCUCCCUCUGCUACAUCCGCCUUAGCUUCGCUGCCUGUGCUUGUAAGCGUCCCGGCGGGCUCAUCAGGCGCGACCAUCCAUCUCAGCUUCUCGGCCUCAGCUCAGCGACUGCAGCUUGUUGUACUCCGCAUGCCUGCUACUGUUGAGGCGGAUGAUCGGCAGACGGGCUCCUCUGCACAACACGUGGAGUCCUUCAGCCUAGUGGCCCUACCUCUGACGUGCGAUGGUCGUACUCUGCCAUCUCUCACUCGCGCAAAUGUGCACCGCAUGUUUGGGCCGACCUGGCCCGCCAAGCUACGCACACCGACCGACGGACUCACGAAUCGAGUGCAGUCACGGGUGGGCAAGGGUGCUGCAACGAAGGCGCAGGAGGUCACGGUGCGGUAUCCAGGCCUGGCUUUUGGGUGGGAUGUCGAUGCAUCGCUUGGUCAUCCAGAGCCGCCUGCACAAGCAUCUGCGUCGAGGUUGUACGUGUAUCAAGGUUUGGAUCCGCACGAUCCUGACGCCAUUGACGCGCCGAUACCAGCACGGCCUAGAACGGGCAGUGGGGUACUCAGCCAUCAAGAUAAGACUCCCUCCGAUCAGGAUGCAGCCAGUCGGGACUCAGUCACAAUGCUGAGAGCAAGUGUUCAGAGUGACCAGCCUGUAAAGAUCACCCUGAGCACAGGUGCUUCAGUGGAGCUGAUUCUGAACGAGACUACCGAGCAAGACCUGCUAUGCGAUCUGGGAACGCCAAAUGCGCGAUCUCUGGCACAAGACGAGCGUCUGGGGAUACAAAGCUCUCACGCCAAUCGGGGAAUGUUCUACAACUACACCUCACUCGGCAUAGACGCGCUGGUGUCUGCGGCGACGAGCACAAGCUCAGGAGUUCUCACCAAGAUCAUCUUCCACUCCAAUAAUCCAGGCACCGCAGCCUUUGGCAGAUACGAAAGAUGUCCAUGGGUGGUGCGCACCGCGAGAGGCGAUAGCACCGUCACUGAGCCGUUUGCAAGGCUUCAUGCGAUCUUGAGUGGCAAUGCACACGAAUCCAGCGCGAAAGGCUUGCGCCCCGAUCCGAGCGAUGUAGUCAACGUCAAGACCCAGCCAGAUGAGACCAUGGAGCUAGAUCGGGGUGCGAAUCCAGAGCUUGAGGGCUUACGACUCGACGUGCGUAGCACCCUUGUCGGCUUCACGUUUGGAUCCGGCGAGAACGACAAGCGAGAAUGCGAAGGCCUGAUCGUCGAGGUGGAUCGAAGCGGCCUCGUCUCCAGCCUCACGUUGGCGGGCCCAGCUGUCUUCUAG